AUGGACUCAUCAACUCCAACACCCAAGUCCAUAUUGCGUGGUCACAAGUCUCAGAUUCAUGCGGCAGCUUUCAUCCGAUCGAAUGAGCGUCUCAUCACAGGCGAUGCAGAUGGUUUCGUGGUGCUAUGGGAUCUCACCAUAAUGCGCCCGAGGGCCGUUUGGCGCGCACACGAAAAAGCACUCUUGGGUGUUCGCGGCUGGGGCGAUGAUAAGAUUAUCACGCAUGGACGUGAUAUGAAACUCAUAGUAUGGAAGCUUGGCGAGGCAGAUGAGGACCAUCUCAGCACAGCACUUCCUGUUGAAGACGUGCCGACACCCAGAGCUCAACCAUGGGUUCUUCAUCUUCUAGAAGUCAAUACCUUGAACUUCUGUGCUUUCGCAAUCUGUUCCAGCGUUCCUGGGCCUGUUGAUACUGCCUCUGAGGUCUUGAUCGCUGUUCCAAAUACAUUAAACUCGGACGCUAUCGAUAUCUACCAUUUGCCCUCACAGCACCGGAUUCAUACCAUCAAGGCUGGAGAUAAGACUGGAAUGGCCAUGUGUCUUGCUCUUCUCCAUCACAACGACGCUCUUACCCUCAUUGCUGCUUUUGAAAAUGGGUAUGCGACUGUGCAACGCCUCGAAGCCAAUGGGCAAUGGAUCACCACAUACAAUUCGCAAGCUCACUCACAACCUGUUCUGUCACUCAGGGUCUUUAACGACUUCUUCAUUACAUCCAGUGCUGAUUCCAUUGUCGCUAAACAUCCUAUUCCCACUCGAUUAUUCUUCCCGUUGAAAGAAAUGGAACCACCCAAGAGCACAGAGCGCGUCGUCGAGAUAAUAGACGAGGACCCCAAAGGAAAGUCACUGUUGUCUGCAGGACUCAAGUCAUCGUCGGCGCAAACCAGCACGGGUGCUCCCAAGAAAGGUGUGCCAUGGAGAGAUCCCCUCAAAGCUAUCAACACCAAACAUUCAGGACAGCAAAGUCUGGAUAUACGAUCGGAUGGAAGAAUCUUCGCCACGGCAGGAUGGGAUUCCAAAGUGCGCGUCUACUCUUCAAAGACUAUGAAGGAGCUUGCAGUCUUGAAAUGGCAUCAAGUGGGAUGCUAUGCUGUUGCUUUCGCUAAUGUCAAGAUAUCAAAUAAAGCGAAAGACAAUACAUCAACGACAGGUGAAGAGGACGAAACAAAGACUACGACUAGUCUCAGCACGCGCACAACCUCGCUGGCCAGGACAGGACUCAGCGUUAAGGAGCAGCGUAUAGCAACUGCACGACAAACACAUUGGAUCGCCGCAGGAGCCAAAGAUGGCAAGAUUAGCUUAUGGGAUAUUUAUUAA